UGCAUUACCACUGUUAUUUUACGUAUGUAAUUGCUCUGUUAUUGGUAUUGUUACCCCUCUAAAUGAAAAACAAGUUGUGAGGGGAACGACGACAAUAUUGUCGUCAAAAAUAAUUGACAGGAUGAUAUUUGCUUAACGACAUCAGACAGCUGGGGCAAAUCAGUUUUCACGAUGAGCCUCAAUUUGGGAGGCUGGAUUCAUAGUUUCACUGUAACCGAUACCCAACAACAUAAGGGCGGCUACACGAUUUACAAGAUUACCUCGAUUGUUUUUCCACGGUCAGUGCCACAAGCAUUAACCUGUCUUGUGGUGUGGAAGCGGUUUCAUGAGAUCAAGCGAUUGCAUCGCGAGUUAAGUCGUCGACAUAAAAGCAUGCAGCUGCCUGGCAAGCUACCAGAGCCGACGGAUAGCAGUUACUUUAAGCGCUUCGAUGUUCAGGUCAUCCAGCGACGCAAGGAAUACAUAUUAAAGCUACUCGACUUUGCCGCACAGCAUCCAGUUUUAUACAAAUGCAAUACAUUCACCCAAUUCUUCAGCGAGGCGCAAUCACCAAAUGCGUCUCCCUUGCGCAAAUUGUAUGUGGAACGCUCGCUGAAAGCACCGGGCAGCGGCGCCAUAGCUGAGAUCUGUGACAAGCUCGAUGUGCCCUACGAUCCACAUGAUCCAAAUGGCAUACAGUCGAGGGAUUCACGUUGGGACAAGUCAGAAGCGGACGAUGAAGAGCAGCAAGCAAAGGUAGCACAGGAAGUGCCGCUCGGUGAAGCUGUGGAGGACCAGGAAACGCGAUGUGACUAUUCCCGUCUCUUGACACCAAUGGCUUCAGUGGAGAGCGACGACAGCGAUUACAUAUAUGAAGCCGCUUUAGAGUUCAGUCAUGCUGUGCAGGCGGAGGUUAAUCUUGAGUAUGAGGAGGCACACAAGCUGUACAAGCAUGGCGUGGAGUUGUUGCUUGAAGGCGCAAAGCAUGAUGCCAACGAGGAUCGCAAGUUCAUUGCCAAGGCCAAGAUAGCCAAGUAUUUGGCCAGAGCGGAUGAAAUACAUGCGAAUUUCUUGCGCAACUCCAGCGGUGGUGGUGGCAGAAACAGCAAUCGCAAGCUGCAAUUUCAAUUGUCACUGGACGAGGUGGAGAAUGUGAAGCAUUUGGAAUGUGCUUGGAAUCAGUUGGCCAAGUACAAGGUUCUUAAGGUGUUGGGCCAACGUGUGAUGCAGGUGCAGUGCAUAACACAGCCGCAAUCACAGCCCACAGUCGUGAUGAAGGGCAUCGAGAAACCGGCCAGCAAUUCGCCCACACAAAGCAUCUUUCUGCCCCAACGUGUUCCCUACAUGACACAAUUGCUGGCAUACUUCCAGUCGGAGCAAAAGAUAUUUUUGCUACUCAAGCAGGCAGAGGGCGGAAGCCUUUACGACUACAUACAAAGCUAUGAGCCGAAGACAUCGAGCAAGUGUGGCGAUUACGCGAAUUUAUUCCCUGAGGAGGAGCAGCAAGCUCUGACGACAGACAGCGAUGUAAGCGAUUUGGUCCACAAAUCACAGCAGCUUCUCAAAUCUGUCUCCCAUACGUUGAGCUCCUUGCAAGCUGGAGCCUUAACUCCCCGCAGGCAGCUCACUCAGGUGAAGCGUCUGCCCGAGGCAUGUUUACGACAAUGGGCUUGUGAGUUGGCUUUGGCUAUCCAUAGUUUGCAUGGCAAAGGCGUGAUAUUGCGUGAUCUGCAUAUGGAGAACAUUCUGUUGGGCAAUGCUGGGCAAUUGAUGCUCACGUAUUUCUAUCAAAACGAAGGUUUAAGCUCCGACGAUAACUAUGUGCACAAGGCUCUGAGCUUGGUGGCCUUGGACAAUCAUUUUGUAGCGCCGGAGCGACCGCUGAGUUUCCGCUCUGAUUGGUGGAGCUAUGGUGUGGUGCUCUAUCAGCUACUGUUGGGUGUGUCGUACAAAUCUACACAUCCCGGUCACUUGGAGCUUUAUGGCUGUGUGCAAUAUCCCUCGGAUGCUGCAGAAAUAUCGGACACUGCACGUGAUUUGCUUGAGCUACUACUGCAACUGACACCAGAGCAGCGUCUGGACUACGAUCAACUACAGGCUCAUCCCUUUUUCGAGGGCCUUGAUUGGCAGGCAGUUGUGGAGACGGGUCGUGCUGCUCUUCAAUAGGCAGCUGACGAAAUGAAUUUCAAUUUUCGUAUUAAGGGAUUAAAGACAUACACACAAUUAUAUAUAUGCUAUAAGUUAGCUAAGGAAUAUAAUGUACUGAAGUACGAGACUCAAUUAUGAUUACUAUUUUUGUUUGUUUUAGUUUUUUUUCUGUUGUUAUUCAAAAGGAUUCCAAAGUGGUACAAAAUAUGUUACUUUAUUCUUUAAUUUCCAUAUAUAUAUUGUUAUUUUGUUUAUUUAUACGUCUGUACAUUGCGAAUAACUAUAGUAUUUGAGUUAAAUUCUAAGGAAUUUUGUAAAAGAGGAGCAGCUAAGUAUUAACAUUUUGUAUAGCCAAUGCGCCAAUUAUACAAAUAUAUAACCAUGUUAUUGUCUAA